GGAAGAGAGAAAUGAAUAUGCGGAGAAGAUUAUAGCUAUUCAAUUUUUCUUUCUCCACGCGGCUGUCGUUCGAUUAUAUCGACGACGCAUCGCUGUGUGAAUUUUUAUACGCUUUUGAUGCGGGGAUGCGAUACGGAUAGCUUCGUCUUUUAUCAAGAGUCAUUGUUGGAUUUGGGAAAAAAUUAACUGGGUAGAGUGAAAAGCUAUGCGAGACACAUAUGUUUAAUGCGAAAAGAAAUCAAACAUCGCGCGACUUUGACAGAGAUGGCGUGAGAGCUGCCAAUCGGACCAAAAAACUGCGCGGGUAUAGGUAUACAUAACUAUAGUUUGUAUUAUACUUAUAUUAGGUAGGUAGCAGACGCCGACCGCUCGAUCUUUGUCCCGACUUGCUUACGUCCCGCGCACUGACGAGUAGUAUGUUCGUCGCUGAGUUGUGUGCUCUGGAUUUUGAUGAAAAUAAUCGCCGAAUGUGAAUCUGUGUGACGGUGAGAAGGAAGUAAAGUGUCGAGAGUCUCUUCUGAGCUUACGAUGCUUUGAGAAUUUGCAAAAUUAGCGCAUUUACGAAGCUAAGUCGUAUUUUCUAAUCGUAAGUAUUCAAUCUUCUCUAACGAUUAGCCGUAUAGACUUUUGAGGUUAGGCGCAAUGUUUAUGUCAUAGACAUAAGAGAGAUAGACUGCGUGUGUAGGUUUGCAAAAGUGGCACCCUAUUAGAGAAAGACGACAUACCUUCUUUCCAUAUACCAAGCAUUGAUAGAAGGUAUGGUGUCUUUGUCUUACACAUUGACAUAAGAGAGUCUGUCUUUCUCUAACAGGGUGCCACUUAUGCUAACCUACACACGCAGUCUAUCUCUCUUAUGUCUAUGGUUUAUGUAGUACAUUGAAUGCCAUAGGUUUCAAGAUUCUCACAACUAAGAAAAAUGUCGACAAUGAUGUUUAUAAAACAGAACACCAGGUUCGAAGUGAACUGCACAAAGUUCAUGUGGACCUUGCAGAACUGCACUUUCUUCAUGGGCACCAAUCGGAUCAGGAGUUUCACGUCGGAAAAUUUCCACGUCGCUAAAACCAACCAGCUCUGUUUCGUGACGUUUUGCAUGGCCGAUAAUAUCUUGAAGCUUCACAUGGACGGCUACUACCUACGGCAACGUGAAGCUUCACGCCCACUUCGUGGUAGUCGCCGCCGUCAGUUCUCACUUCCUGUCCGUGUUCAGGAAGAACUGUCUAGAAAAUAAAACGAAGCACAUCGUCGACAUGACCAAGGAUAACAACGUUACAUUGAACGUUCUGAAACGAUUUCUCGAUUUUACCUACGGGAUCAAGAGCAUGCUAGAGUUGGAGGACGUGGUUGUCUACUUGGCCAUCAUGGCCAAGAAGUACGACACCCCCGAGAUGCGGAAAGCUUGCGAGCACCUGAUGAGCGAUAUGUUGAACAAGGAUACCGUCGUCGCGGCUCUGCUGUUUUCGGUCAAGCACGAGUUUUGUACACUGAAGAAGGAGGCUGUGCGAUUCGCCAAGUCGCUGAACAUCGAUACCUUGAAAUCGUUGGAGGACUUUCAGAAACUCUACCAGAACAACGAGUUGAUGCUGGAACUGUUGUGAGGUUUUUUGUAAGAUUUUUCUGGAGAGACGUCGCAGCUAACGACUGUAGGAUAAUCAAUCCCUGUGAUAAGCGUGCCAGAUUAAGAUUAGUUUAAUAAUCUUCGAAAGUUGCAAUAAUGUUACGAUUUUUAUAAAAGUUUUUUCAUCAUGUUGACAAAACUGUCCGAAUAUUAUUUUAUAAAAUAAGCGUGCAGUAAGCGCACAGUUUUAUAAAAGUUUUUUGUUGGACUACCGCAUAGAAAUGUUUAAUUUUCGUACUUUCAUCGAGAUAUCAAUAAACGAUACGAUUUCUCUAAAA